AUGCCCAUGGGGACGUCGCUGAAGCUGGCAGCCAUCUACAAGGAAGGGCCGUGGUGGAGGGAGCUUGGCCUACAGGGGGAAAUCCUGUCCACUCUCCUGCCACCGAAGUUGUCGCUCCCUGCGCCCGACACGGAUCUGCCCUUGUUUGUGCAGUGCAUGGACCACUCGCCCUACUCCCAACGAAUCGGUGUCAUCGUGUGUUUUGUAGAGGGCCGGCAGAACUUCCACUUCCUGCAGAUGAGCCAAAACGACCAGCAGGAGAGGUUCGUUGAGUUCCUGGCCAUGAGCUUCAACAGCUCAAAGGCGAAAACAUUCAAGCCGAGCUUCGUGGCCCACAACUGGGCAGAUCAGCCGUUUGCAAGAGGGGCGUACACUGGCUUCUUCUCGCCGGGUGUGAUGUCCGUUCCGGAGUUCUGGACGGCGUUCCAGCAGAUGGAGAAGCUCCCAAACGUUUUCUUGGCAGGCUCAGACUACCACAUUGGCUUUGGCAAUGGCUACAUCGAGGUGCCGGGCUUUUGGCAAAGGUGCAUUAGAAGCCUCCCACCCCAGCUGCUGACAACAACGCUGAAUGACAUCGAGUCGAUUAAGGUAUGGGCUUGA